AGACGACACAGCCUCGGCAGCGAGCACCGAGGGACUGAGAAGCGAGCCGAUCAGGCAGUCUGGCCUUCGAAGUCAAAGGUCAUGGUAGCCGCUGUUCCAAACUUGGGAAGCCUGUUGGAGAGAAACGCAUUUGAAGUUGAAGAUUGAAAACAUUCCGUGAAGUGCUUGGACUGCCGCCACCUGCUCCGAUAGUCGGUAAGCGCUGUGCUGGUAGCUACUGGGUGUGACUACUGGCUGCUGUGCUGGUGGUUACUGGCUGUGACUGCUGAGGCUGCUGUGCUGGGGUGGUAGGUAUUCCUGAGACUGCCAUUGGUGACUGUGUCACUGCCGGUGUGACCGAGACAGCCGGUUAGCGACUGACCCCGUAUCUGCCCCUACUGCUGGCGGCGGUGUGUGAGGUCUUCUGACCGGCCCUGUCAGACGGUGGUCCUGUGAACAAUAGGUCCUGUGAACUGUGAGCCCCAUGACCCGACCCUGAGGGACGGCGGAUCUGUGAUCAGCACUGCCCUCUGAGGCGGUGGUUCCUGUGAUCAUCACUAAUCUGCAAGCGGCAGCGCCGUGACCUUCUCGCCUGGGACCGUAUGGUGGCCACCGUUCGUCAGGAAUCGCAGGAUGAGCCACUGGUGGUGACCGAGUAUGACCAGUCUGCUCCGCUGCCCCGACCGCCCGCGGCCGCCGCCGACCAGCUAGAACGCUCAGGAAUGUCUCGCGGGGUGUCGGCCAGCAGCGCUCGCCGAGCCGGCGGUGGUAGCGUGGUGCGGGUCCGACCGUGCACGGCCGAGUCGGCCAAGAACGCGCUCAACAGCUCCAAAUUCAGCGUGGAGUGUCUGUUCGAGGGCCUGCACCCGAUGUACCCGCCGACCAACAUGGAGAACCAGCACGGGCCGCACUGCAACACGUUCCUGCGCUCGUUCGAGCCGCUCUUCUGGUACUACCGCUGUCUCGGGCUGCUGAACGUGGCCGUUGACACGGACGAGUGCUUUCAGAUCACCGUCACCUCGACGGUUGUGUACGUCAUCUACUUCUUCGUGCACAUGUCCGGCUUCCUGCACUUCAUCAAGGGCAUGAUGGACUGUGUACGGCACGUACAGCACGGCGGCAUGGCGCUGUUCGACGCCAUGGUGCACACCCACCUGGCGGGCACGAUCCACCUCAUCACGGUCGGCACCGCCGUCAUCACGCUCUACCACGUGCGCGCCUUCCCGGCCUUCUUCAACAAGAUCCAGGAGACGGUGACGGAGAUGUCCAGCCUCCCGACCACUAACGGCGUGCUGCGCUCGCAGCGCCGGCUGGCGCUCAUCACCAUCGGCCUGCUCAUCCCCAUGAUGGUGCUGUGGUGCGCCUGCGCCGCGCUGGCCGUCUUCAACGACCGCAAGACCACCGACCUGGCCAUCUUCAACCCGUGGUGGUCGUACGUCUACAUCCCCGUCAUGAUGUCCAACCUGGCGCUGGAGACGUUCUCCUUCACCUUCUACCUGUUCUUCGGCAUGCUCAUCGCCCGCUACGUGGUCUGCAUCGGCGAGGCCAUGCGCCGUCUGGAGGGGAUCGUAUCGGCCCACCAGGUCAAACACCUGCACAGGAUGCACGUGCAGAUCGUCACUGCGCAGCGGCUGCUGCUCAACAUAUUCGGCACGCACGUGCUGAUCGGGAUGGGUUUCGCCACGGUGGUGGUGGUGUACGUGGUGUUCCACUCUGUGGAGGUGUACGAGCUGAUGGCGCGCGGCACGCCGUCGCUCGUCAUGCUGCCCAUCCUGGUGCCGCACGUCUGGCUGCUGCUCGUCUCGUGGAUGCACCUGUACAUCCCCUGCUACGUGUCGGACAUGGCGCGCGACCAGUUCUGCGAGAUCAUCAACCUGCUGGCGCAGAUCGAGACCAACGACGACUCAUCCCUGGAGAAGGCGAUAUCCCGCUACCAGCAGCAGAUAACUCGUGAUGUGGCGCUGGUGGAUGUCGGCUACUUCAAACUCGGCCGGCCAGCUCUCAUAUCGGCCUUUUCCACGAUGUUCACCUAUAUUUUAGUGCUGUUUGCAAUAUGGAAGAAGUAGGAAGAUCUUCAGGCCAUAAGACGCUCUAUGAGUAUCGUUGUGAUAUUUUUUGAUUAUUUUACUGCAUUGCUGUCACUGUGUGGCUUAAGACGUGUCAAUAAAUACUCAUUUCAUGUCUGUUAUUGCUUACCCUAUGCAUAUGUGAAACGGGAUCUUGUUUUAUACAUGCCAUCCUUGAGCACGAAUAAUAAUGUAUUUUCCGAAAUGCCUCAGGUACGUUUUCAUGUUGAGAUAUGACUUGAGUGUCAUUAUUAAAAACUUUUCCUCAGGAUCUGUGUUAAGGUUGAAAAGUGAGUGCCUAUACCUAUUCAGUUUUAUUGUUGCUUUGGAACGCGUUGGCUUAGUGGCAGUAGAUAUA